CCUAUGGACCUGCCAGAGGGCCAGGCUGGCAGUCCCACUACAGAAAUGUACCUCUGGGAGCAGCCUGAGGAAGUGAGCUCAGGGCCAUUGCUCAGCCUAGAGGAGCAAAUUCUCAACUCUACGUUCGAAGCCUGUGACCCUCAGAGGACAGGUGCCGUGGCUGUGACUCAUGUGCUAGCCUACCUGGAGGCUGUGACAGGCCAGAGCCCUCAGGACACACGCCUGCAAACACUGGCCCACAGUCUAGACCCUGAGGGGCAAGGCCCUGAGGCCACUGUAGACUUGGACACCUUCCUGGUGGUCAUGCGGGACUGGAUCGCUGCCUGUCAGCUGCAUGGGGGAUUAGAGCUGGCAGAAGAGACCGCCUCCGAGGGAGCCCUGGCCCCCCAGCACCUGCCAUCUGGAUGCCCAGAAGCUGAGGAACCAGCCAACCUGGAGAGCUUUGGAGGCGAAGACCCCAGACCUGAGCCGCCUGCCACAGCGGACCUGCUGAGCAGCCUGGAGGACCUGGAGCUCAGCAACCGGCGCCUGGCUGGGGAGAAUGCCAAACUGCAGCGCAGCGUGGAGACAGCUGAAGAGGGCUCUGCGCGCCUGGGGGAGGAGAUCUCCGUCCUGCGCAAGCAGCUUCGCAGCACCCAGCAGGCCCUGCAGUUCGCCAAGGCCAUGGAUGAGGAACUGGAGGAUUUGAAGACUCUGGCCAAAAACCUGGAGGAACAGAAUCGCAGCCUCUUGGCCCAGGCUCGGCAGACGGAAAAGGAGCAGCAGCAUCUGGUGGCUGAGGUGGAGACUCUGCAGGAGGAGAAUGGAAAGCUUCUGGCUGAGCGGGAUGGAGUGAAGAGGAGGAGUGAGGAGCUGGCCACAGAGAAGGACACAUUGAAGCGGCAGCUGUAUGAAUAUGAACACCUCAUUUGCCAGCGAGACGCCAUUCUGUCCGAGCGCACCCUGCAUGCCGAGAGCCUAGCCAAGACUGUGGAGGAGUACAGGAUGACUACCCAGGAGCUGAGGCUGGAAAUCUCACAUCUGGAGGAGCAGCUGAGUCAGACCCAGGAGGGUCCAGAUGAGCUGCUGGAAGGGGCCCCGGCAAGAGGAGCAGGCUGGACUGCGUCGCUGCCCCCAUCGCUAGGCUUAGAGAUCCAAGCCAUUCAACAGAAACAAGACAUGCCAGAUGCUGAUCUGUCCAGCCCUCUGUGUGGUGUGUGGCAGUGGGAGGAGGUCACAGUGGAGCCGGGCAAGGAGGCAGCAUUCCCACUGGCCAAAGCCCCCACUGACGCACACAGCAAGGCUGAUGCCGACGCACAGAGCGACUUCCAAGGAGAGUUGGUGUGUCCUGAAGAAGGCAGCAAGGAGCCAUCAGUAUGGUAAGGAGCUUUACCCAGAAGAGAGGAUGAGGAGGAAGCAACAGAUAAGGAAGAAGACAGCCAGGCCAUGGCUGCUCUCCCUGUCCCUCUGGGAGAUCCUGACUCUGGAGACGCCCCACGAAGCCAUCCUGACAGCCCUGUGGAGCCAGAGCUCGGAGUCCUGGUGCCUGUGGUGACAGAGCUGGUCCCAUUCAGGCAGCCCUGGGCCUCACACUGCCUGCCUCCCCAGCGCCCCCACACGCUCAGGGUCACCUGGCACCUGCUGGUUCCAGGGCUGGUUCUGGGCCUGCUGCUGCUGCUGCUUUCAGUCCAACUGCUGGGCCAGCCCUCGCCUCCCACCUGGCCCCACCUCCAGCUCUGCUACCUGCAGCCCCCACCAGUGUGA